GAGGUGUGUGUGCGUGCGUGCGUGUGUGCGUGCGUGCGAGAUUGCGUGCACACACUCAUUCUAUGCAAGGCUACUUACUCUUAAAACAAACCUCACACUCAUAACCGCCCAUACCAACAAAAUGCGCAAGCACGCCAGUCAACACCAGAAAAUGCAAUUAGAGACUCGGGUCACGGACCUGGCGCGUCUGUCAAGGCAGAGGAACUGGAAGUCUUUAAAGAUCUUGGAGGAACUUGGCGAUAUGAUUGCCAGGGUAAGGAUUGCUUUCUUAUCUAUUGAUGAACUACUAGUGAGGUCAAUAAACUCUUAUCUGCAAAAAAAUAUGAAUGGUUGAUAGACCUGCUUUCUGUGCCAAGGCUGUUAGAAGACACAACGUUUAAGUAUUAUUAAGACCAAAAUAUAUUUUAAUGUACCAUUAUUAAUUAGAACAAGAACGAGGAGUUAUCAUGCAAGAGCACUUGGAGAGCAACAAUAGCAGAUACUUGCUUAUUGAUAUGAAUUCCAGAGAAAAAAGUAGUAUUUGCAUAGCUGAAGAGAGUGCAGUAUAUAUUAAGCAGGAGGAUGAUAUAGACAUAAAGGAGGAAAAUUCAUCUGAUUUUGAGGGAAAUGAGCUUUUGCACGCAGACUGGAAUCCCCUAGAUGAUGGCCAGAGUGUGACUGAAGAGUUUUCCCUCAACUGCUCUCCUUUAUUGAGCAUAGCAGAAAAGACUCACUUUUGUAAAGAAUGUAGAAAGACAUUCUGUAGUAAAAAUGCAUUGGUCAUUCACAUGAGAAUACAUUCUGGUGAGAAACCUUUCAGAUGUGAGGUGUGUGCUAAAGCUUUCUCUAGUAAUGGGCAUCUUCUAAGGCACCUCAAGGUACAUACGAGAGAAAAACCAUAUACAUGUGACAUAUGUAAUGAGAAAUUUGGUCGGAAAGAAAAUGUGGUGAUACACAUGAGACGGCAUACAGGAGAAAGGCCUUAUGAUUGUGAAAUGUGUGGCCGCAAGUUUGCUCAGAAAAGUGCUCUUGUGAGCCAUAAAAAAAUGCAUACAGGAGAGAAACCUUUCAGUUGUACAAUAUGUGAUGCAAAAUUUGCAUUUAGAGGUGGUGUAAUAACACACAUGAGGGUUCAUACAGGUGAGAAGCCUUUUGUUUGUCAGAUAUGUGAAAGGAACUUUGCUCAAAGAAGUUCCUUAAUAACUCACAUGAGAACACACACUGGUGAGAAACCUUUCAGCUGUAUGUAUUGUGGUGAAAACUUUACCAAUAAGGGAAAUUUAAUAACUCAUGUUAGGAUACACACUGGAGAGAAGCCUUAUAAUUGCAGUAUCUGUGAAGGCCGUUUCUCUCAAAGAAGCAGUUUGGUUGUGCAUAUGAGAGUGCAUGCAAGAGAUUAGUUACUUUAAUCAUAGAUAGCAAUUUACCUGGUAAGCCAAAUAAUGUAUAAAACAUGAUUUUAAUACUGUAUAAGUAUUAUCUUAACACAUAUUUUAAGUGUGCUUUCUGCAAGUUGUACAGUAGUUGAACUCGUGCUUGUAUAAUUUGGACUGUCUAUGCUACGUUUUAAUAUAUUAUUUAGAUUCAUUUAAUUUUGCUUUACCUAAUUUGGUAUGUCUUUCCCCUCUUUUACUCUUCCCAGGAAGGGCUCUAUGCUAGGUUUAAGUAAUGUCAGGUGUUGGCAUAACACACCAGAACAGUUUCAGAGAUAUUCAGUGCCCAUGUAAAUGAAAUUUAGAAUGAUUCAAUAAACAUAUGUCCUUGUGUGUGUGUGUGUGUGUGUGUGUGUGUGUGUGUGUGUGUGUGUGUGUGUGUGUGUGUGUGUGUGU